AGUCAAAUGUUGGCGCCAUUAUAAGAACUCAAUUGUGGAAUGACCCAGAAAUGAAUAUGAUUUGUGAACCCCGCCUCCCCUCCAGGAACAGAUUGGUGCUUUUCAUCCCUAAUCACAAACAGAAUGUUGACCCAGUGUAGCCUCUUAAAGGGGCCCGAACCACCGUCUCGACACGUGAUGCACAAAGAGGAGGGAGGGGGGCGGUGUUAUUUUGACGUCGAACAGGACCAGAACACACUCGCGCUCGGCCCCGAAAACAUUCAAAGUUGUUCGUCCGCACUCAUCAUCCCAAAAGAGGGGAUAACAUGGCUGUGCCGGGGACUUGUUUUCGCUGAACAAGCCGGGAAAGCGCAGCGGAAACGGGGCGCCGGAUGUCGGCAGCUCCCGCCCCAUAAAUAAGACAUGAGCCUGGCUGGCUGCACCGCAGCGAGAGGGAGACAGCCAGCCAUGAUGAGACGCUUCCGACCUGACAUGUUUGCUCGCUUUUGGUGUGUGGCGAACCAGUAGGUUCCGACAGACUAUCCCACUACCGCUAGGGGGAGGCGGCACCUCGGCCGGGUGCCGGCCGCUGACAGGUCGUUGAGCUCCGGGGCAGAGCGAGGCUACGUCGUGCAUCAGUGCGGGACAUUUGCGGGUCGAUUUUGUCUCGCGGAUGGGGCGUUGAACUCACCGCAACAAAGGCCUCCGUCAUCCCUCCACCUGCCCGCCUCCCUGAGGUGAAGAGCGGCGAUCGUCGCGGGGACCUCGCUUAUCCCGCCCGUCUUAUAUGGGAGACUUUUGCAAGUUUGGAGAACCACACGAAGACCAAAGACCUGAUCCUGACUCGCCGCGCGUGAACCUGCAAUCACGUGACAUGGAACUGAAGUAUCGCAGCCAAAGAAAUGCGGGGCGGGGAUAUGCAGAGAUUUUCAAGUGCCUUGGACAGAGCGCUUCGUUUUCCAUCGUCCCCCUGAGUCGUCAUCGCCGUCGGUUGUCCUUUUGGAUUGUGAUUUCCUUCCAUUUCCUUCCACCUGCUCUCCACCGUUAACCUCCCCCCACGCCCACCCAGUCGUCUGCUCCUUCCUCAUCACUGCCAUUAUCUUGACACUCAGCAGCAGGCCGCGCUCACAUGUGAUGCUGUGGUAACUAUGGCAACAGCCACCACAGCCACCUCUUCCUCCCCCCCGCCGCCGUCCUCGCCGGGAACCAACGGCAGCGCCCGGGAACACUUGAUGGCGGUGAGGCGCCGUAGCCCUCACGGCCGGCCGUACACCAUCGGGCCGGAAAACAUCCGCAGCCUGUCCGGCUCUUCUUCGCCCGCGUCGCCGGUCUUGACGUCGGGGGGUCAGCCGGAAGCGGCGGGGGUGGGGCUGCAGCGGGCCAAUAGCGACACCGAUCUUGUCACGUCGGACAGCCGCUCCUCACUCACGGCGUCGACGUACCAGCUUGUCCUUGGCCACGGGCGCCUGGUUAUCUCCUGGGACAUCAAAGAGGAGGUGGAUGCCACCGACUGGAUCGGACUGUACCACAUAGACGAGACAUGCGUCGCCAAUGUGUGGGACUCCAAGAACCGCGGCGUGAACGGCACUCAGCGAGGACAGAUUGUGUGGAAAUUAGAGGCGGGGCCCUACUUCAUGGACUAUGAGACGAAGAUCUGCUUCAAAUACUAUCACGGUGUGAGCGGAGCCCUCAGAGCAACAACGCCUUGCAUCACCGUCAAGAACCCUGGCGUGACGGUGGGCAGCGAGGGUCAAAUUGAAAGCCAGUCAGGGGCGGAGCACUGUCGCAAGUUGGUCAGCUUCACCCUCUCAGACAUUCGGGCGGUGGGCCUAAAGAAGGGCAUGUUUUUCAACCCGGACCCUUACUUGAAGAUGUCAUGGAGCCUUUUUCUGUUCUUUCUCUCUCCCCAGGUGGGCAGCGAGGGUCAAAUUGAAAGCCAGUCAGGGGCGGAGCACUGUCGCAAGUUGGUCAGCUUCACCCUCUCAGACAUUCGGGCGGUGGGCCUAAAGAAGGGCAUGUUUUUCAACCCGGACCCUUACUUGAAGAUGUCCAUUCAGCCCGGGAAAAGGACGGCCCUCCCCAAGUUCACCCACCACGGCCAGGAGAGGCGGACUUCCAUUAUCGCCAAUACCACCAACCCCGUGUGGCACGGCGAGAAAUACACUUUUGUGGCCCUGAUGAGUGACGUGAUGGAGAUCGAAGUGAAAGAUAAGUUUGCCAAGAGCCGACCAAUCAUCAAGCGCUUUCUGGGUCAGCUGAUCAUACCUGUACAGAGACUUCUGGAGGGGCCCGCGGCCGACCAACACCCGGUCAGCUACAGCUUAUGUCGCCGCCUCCCGACAGAUCACGUUAGCGGGCAGCUGCAGUUCCGGGUGGACAUCACGUCUACUGGACAUGAGGAUGCAACAGGAACCAUUUUGGGCAGCGCCGUGAACAGCGACCCCGGGAGUCCGUCUGACGACGAUGACCUCCCGCACCAUUCCUCAUCUUCUCGCCUCGCAUGCGGCGCUGCCCUCACAGGCUCGGAGGAAAGCCCCCUGUUAGUCAACGGUUCUUGUUACUAUGGCAACAGCAGCGCCUGGCAGGAGGACACGGUUCUGGCGGCCGCGGGCGGCCACACCCACAGGCAAGUGUCCCUCAAUGACUACUUGGAUGCCAUUGAGGCCUCCGGCAUCCCCGUGGAGCGACUUCCUGCAGGGCCGUCGCCAAGGCUCCGCUCCAGCUUUCCCACGGACACGCGCCUCAACGCGAUGCUCCACAUCGACUCGGACGAGGACGAGGAGAGCGCGGGGCAGCGCGGUACCCAGCAGGAGACAAGGUCGCAAAGGACCGCGGCCGCGGACGUUGCCGGUGGGAGCGAGGGCUCCCAAUGGAGCCUUUUUCUGUUCUUUCUCUCUCCCCAGGUGGGCAGCGAGGGUCAAAUUGAAAGCCAGUCAGGGGCGGAGCACUGUCGCAAGUUGGUCAGCUUCACCCUCUCAGACAUUCGGGCGGUGGGCCUAAAGAAGGGCAUGUUUUUCAACCCGGACCCUUACUUGAAGAUGUCCAUUCAGCCCGGGAAAAGGACGGCCCUCCCCAAGUUCACCCACCACGGCCAGGAGAGGCGGACUUCCAUUAUCGCCAAUACCACCAACCCCGUGUGGCACGGCGAGAAAUACACUUUUGUGGCCCUGAUGAGUGACGUGAUGGAGAUCGAAGUGAAAGAUAAGUUUGCCAAGAGCCGACCAAUCAUCAAGCGCUUUCUGGGUCAGCUGAUCAUACCUGUACAGAGACUUCUGGAGGGGCCCGCGGCCGACCAACACCCGGUCAGCUACAGCUUAUGUCGCCGCCUCCCGACAGAUCACGUUAGCGGGCAGCUGCAGUUCCGGGUGGACAUCACGUCUACUGGACAUGAGGAUGCAACAGGAACCAUUUUGGGCAGCGCCGUGAACAGCGACCCCGGGAGUCCGUCUGACGACGAUGACCUCCCGCACCAUUCCUCAUCUUCUCGCCUCGCAUGCGGCGCUGCCCUCACAGGCUCGGAGGAAAGCCCCCUGUUAGUCAACGGUUCUUGUUACUAUGGCAACAGCAGCGCCUGGCAGGAGGACACGGUUCUGGCGGCCGCGGGCGGCCACACCCACAGGCAAGUGUCCCUCAAUGACUACUUGGAUGCCAUUGAGGCCUCCGGCAUCCCCGUGGAGCGACUUCCUGCAGGGCCGUCGCCAAGGCUCCGCUCCAGCUUUCCCACGGACACGCGCCUCAACGCGAUGCUCCACAUCGACUCGGACGAGGACGAGGAGAGCGCGGGGCAGCGCGGUACCCAGCAGGAGACAAGGUCGCAAAGGACCGCGGCCGCGGACGUUGCCGGUGGGAGCGAGGGCUCCAAAUGCGAGCGCGCCGGAUCAGAAGCGGACUCUCCUGUCGCUGAAUCGGCUCAGGUCGAUGGUUCGGGGAGCGCGGCGAAGCUGCAAAUGGAGGAGAUGCCGAUGAUCAACAGCGCGGAUGCCACCGGCGCAUCGGCACGUGUUAGUGGAGAAAUGGAAACCAGCGGUUCUCCUCAGGCUUCGCAACUAGAGUCUGCAAGCGAUUGCACAUGCGGCGAGCAAAAUUCGAGGAUGAACACCAACCAGGCCUGCAGUUCUUCAUAUAGCGCGAGCUGCGGCCCACUUUCACCCAUUCAGGAGGUGGAUACGAGGACGGAAGUGGCUCCGAGGGCAGAGGAGGAAGGAGCAGAGUUAUCCAGCAGCAACAGUUUAGCGACGACUGCUAUGACAACGGGGAGCGACAUUGGAACCUCUGAUGCAGGGGCUGUUGGCCCAGAAGUGCAGGGAGAGGAGGAAGAGGAGGUGGAUGAGCAAGGAGAAGUGUGGAAGAGACGCUCUUUGCGGGCCGCCGAAGUUGCUGCUGACAACCAGGUGGCAUGCAGGGCCAGAGAUGGACUGAGCGCGGCGUUGUCAGAUAGAGAACCCGCUCAGGUCAACGGCCACGUUUCUGUUCACACGCUGCCGUCCGUACGCCACGACAUCAGUCGCUACCAGAGAGUGGACGAACCCCUCCCGCCGAACUGGGAGGCGCGGAUCGACAGCCACGGGAGGAUCUUUUACGUGGACCACGUGAACAGAACCACCACCUGGCAACGUCCCACAGCCCCGGCUGCCCAGCAGACACUCCAGAGGUCUAGCUCCAUCCAGCAGAUGGAGCAGCUGAACCGCAGGUAUCAGAGCAUUCGGAGGACGAUAACCAAUGACAGCAGAGGGGAGGAGGUGCCGGCCAAUGAGCAGCCACCAGACGAGACUGGUCUGCACCCCGCCUUCCCAGAGCUGCGUCGAGACAGCAGCGCAGCCCAGUCCUGUUCCAGAUCCCACCUCUACCUGCUGCUCCAGUCUCCCAGCGCCAGGUUCCUCACCAGCCCCGACUUCUUCACUGUGCUGCAUUCUAACCCCAGUGCCUAUCGCAUGUUUACCACCAACACGUGCUUGAAACACAUGAUCAGUAAGGUGCGCCGGGACACGCACCACUUUGAGCGCUACCAGCACAACCGGGACCUGGUGGCCUUCCUCAACAUGUUUGCCAACAAACAGCUGGAGUUGCCUCGAGGCUGGGAGAUGAAGCAUGACCACACCGGCAAGCCUUUCUUUGUGGACCACAAUAGCCGUGCCACCACCUUCAUUGACCCUCGGCUACCCCUGCAGAGCUGUCGACCACCGAGCCUCUUGACUCACCGCCAACAUCUGACCCGCCAACGCAGCCAUAGCGCUGGUGAAGUCAGCCCGCGGCGCCUGGUAGGCGAAGAGUCACGUCAUGCUGGUCCUCCCAUCUUGCCGAGGCCCUCAAGCACCUUCACAUCCGCUAGUAGGGGCCAGGGGCCAGAUGUUGUGCCAGUGGCAUACAAUGACAAGAUUGUGGCAUUUCUACGGCAACCCAACAUCUUUGAGAUUUUACAGGAGAGGCAGCCAGAUUUCCACCGGAACCAUUCGCUCAGGGAGAAGGUCCAGCUGAUCCGCACGGACGGAGCGUCGGGAUUGGCGCGGCUCUCGGGAGACGCCGACCUCGUUAUUUUGCUCAGUCUGUUUGAGGAUGAAGUCAUGUCCUACGUGCCUCCUCAUGCCUUACUGCACCCCAGCUAUUGCCAGUCUCCUCGGGGCUCCCCUGUCUCCUCCCCGCAAAACUCACCCGGCACUCAGAGAGCAAACGCCAGAGCUCCAGCGCCGUAUAAGAGAGACUUUGAGGCCAAACUGCGCAACUUCUACAGAAAGCUGGAGACCAAAGGCUAUGGCCAGGGACCAGGGAAGCUCAAGUUGAUCAUCCGCCGCGACCACCUGCUGGAAGAUGCCUUCAAUCAGAUCACCUGCUACUCCCGCAAAGAUCUGCAGCGCAGCAAGCUGUACGUCAGCUUUGUGGGCGAGGAGGGAUUGGACUAUAGUGGACCUUCCCGAGAAUUCUUCUUCCUGGUUUCAAGAGAAUUGUUCAACCCUUACUAUGGUCUCUUUGAAUAUUCUGCAAACGACACAUACACAGUCCAGAUCAGCCCCAUGUCAGCCUUUGUGGACAAUCACCAUGAGUGGUUUCGCUUCAGCGGCCGCAUUCUGGGUUUGGCUCUGAUCCACCAGUACCUUCUGGAUGCGUUCUUCACCCGACCCUUCUAUAAAGGAUUAUUGCGCAUCCCGUGCGAUCUGAGCGACCUGGAGUAUCUGGAUGAGGAGUUUCACCAGUCGCUUCAGUGGAUGAAGGACAACGACAUUGAGGACAUGCUGGACCUCACCUUCACUGUCAAUGAGGAAGUCUUUGGCCAGAUCACAGAGCGCGAGCUGAAGGCUGGCGGGGCCAACAUCCCCGUGACCGAGAAAAACAAGAAGGAGUACAUUGAACGGAUGGUGAAGUGGAGGAUCGAACGCGGUGUCGUGCAGCAGACUGAAAGCUUGGUCCGAGGCUUUUACGAGGUGGUGGACGCACGCUCUGUGUCGGUGUUUGAUGCCAGGGAGCUGGAGCUGGUGAUGGCCGGAACGGCAGAAAUUGACUUGUCCGAUUGGAGGAACAACACAGAGUAUAGAGGAGGUUACCAUGACAACCACAUCGUGAUCCGUUGGUUCUGGGCCGCAGUGGAGAGAUUCAACAAUGAGCAAAGACUUCGACUCCUGCAGUUUGUGACUGGGACGUCAAGUAUUCCCUACGAGGGCUUUGCGUCUCUGCGAGGAAGCAAUGGACCUCGGCGAUUCUGCGUGGAAAAGUGGGGCAAGGCCACGUCUCUGCCCAGAGCUCACACUUGUUUCAACCGCCUGGACCUGCCUCCCUACCCGUCGUUCUCUGUGCUGUAUGAGAAGAUGCAGACCGCCGUGGAGGAAACCAGCACUUUUGGACUGGAGUGAGAAGAAUUUUUUUUUCGCCACCCCUCACAUGAGGUCGUAACUGAGGAUAUAUUCCAAAGGAACAUCAGCUGACGAUUCGGCUUUGGACGUAGUGCGUCUUCACUGUGCGUUUUGGGCCGCGGCAGCGCCGUGCAAACAAACGAAGGACGACGAAACACAGCGCCUUGCGGACCACAAUCAGGGAGUGUGAGCGGACCUAUCGGGCGACCGCGGGACUUUGGAAUCCAUCUUUUGUACCGGUCGCCGAGGCGAUCGGUCGUCGAUCGCUGACGGAGGGUCACGGCCUCACGCAACACGGUGUCAUAUGAAAGUUGUGAUUUUAAAAUAUUUGUAGCUGUUGUGAAUCACUUGGCUUCAUCAAUUCUCUGCUGAAUUUCACGAUGGGCACGACGCAUCCCACGUGUUCGAAUGUUUUUCAGUUCUUCAGGGGCGAGUGAAGAAUUCACGUUGUUAUAAUUUGCGGUUGUGAUAUUUGUUGCCAUCAGUAUUCGGUCACUGCGAUGGCCCAUCAUCAAUUCGUAAUUUGGUGUCAAUGUAAAUGCUGUAAAUGUUCUAUUUAUUUGUUUUAAGUCAGCGGGGCUAUGAGAGUAGCGGCGUGCGCAAAAGUCAGCGGGCAUUUCAUGAUUCCGUCUCCUCAUCUUUCUACUUUUAGAGGUUGCCACACUAAACUUGACGACACCUCGUCAGUGUUUUUUCCACUUUUUUCCCCCUCAAAAGACUGACUCGGGACACUGUCACGGUUGUUACAAACGUCGUCAUUGUUCCCACACAAAAGACACUGCCUUCCCUCUGUCCGUUUGACAAGAACCAACCAAAGUUGCGGGCACAACCUGAACCAAGCCUGUCUUUGUGGACACCGGACCUCACUUUUACAUAUGAAUGUUGGCAGCACUGUCCUCAAAUAAAAUUCCAUCUCUGUCUAUGCAAAACUUA